AUCAUUAAAAUAAGAAAAAAGAGGGAGUUCAUCACUUGCAGGAACAUAAAGUGUAUAAUCUUCUUCAGCCGGCAGCUGCUAUCAUAACAAAACAUUCUCUCCCCAGCCCAGUGCUCUUCCUCCUGUCAUGACUCAAUCCACCACACAUUACCGUAUUAUUGCGAAUAUCUCACACAUGUGACCAAAAAACAAACAAGGUUCUUUUUCAGUGGAUGAUGGAUAAGCAGGUGCACAUGCAUGUUGUGAGCUUAAAAAAUUAGAGUUCAAUGUUUGCAGAAUGUCAUCCUCCUCAUCAACAAUGCAAUAGAUGAGAGAAUUCACCUGAUUUCCCUCUGUAGACGAAUAUAGAGGAACAGUUUCUAUCCAGCAGCCAUCAGAAUGUUAAAUGGGUCAAACAUUCAUUGACCCUGACAUCAUUCUAAUAUACCUUAUACAUUCAUAUACAUUCAGUCUUACACCACAGUCACUAAUGACACUAUAUAACUAUAUUGUUAUAUUGCACUAUUAUAUAUUUCGCUGUUUGUAUAUUUGUAAUUUAUGUGUUUCUUCUACUUAUGUACGUAUAUUUUAUUCCUUUCUUUUAAUGGCAUUCAUGGUGGAAAGCAAAGCAAGUUUUUUAUUGUACUGGGAGCUGUGCAUGUGACAGUAAAGACUUUGGACUUUGAACUUUAUCUUGUCCCAGCACCUGACUCAGAAUGUGUGGCGCAAUGUCAUUAAUGCCAGAGCUCAGUGAAACCUCCACAGACAGUGCUGCCUGUCUAUUUCUGUAUGUCAUUUUGUCUCUUAACUAUAUAUUUCAGUGUGGUCCGUCUGUCUUUGUUUAUCUGUCUUUUUUAAUGUUGUUUGUCUCUUUUUACCUGUAAUUUUGCAAUCAUUCUACUAAAUGGCAUGUCAGAAAUGUUGGGUCUUUUAACGACAGAUAGUGAAUCUCUGCAUAGUUUCACUUACGUGUUGUUUGUCUCUUGAAAAACUGGUACUGGUUUAACAGAUUUACGUUUAGAAGAAAAAAACCUUCCCUCAGGUCUUUAUGAAAGGAGCUUCAGAACUUCUGCUCAAGACGCCAGUUCAGGGGAGGAACAAGAAACAUCGGCACGGUUACAUGCUGUGAAUCAGUGAAGGAUGAUGGCAUCAGUUAAAGAGCUGCUUGAGAAAUCACUGAAUGAACUGGAAGAAGCUGAACUGAAGAAGUUUCAGUGGCACUUAAGGAAUGAUCAAGAGUGUAUAUCAAAGUUUGACAUGGAGAAUGCAGAUAGGUUAAAAACUGUGGAUAAGAUGGUGGAGUGUUUUGGACCAGAAGAAGCUGUGAAGAUCACGGUGGACAUCCUGAGGAAGAUGAACCAGAAUAAUCUGGCUGAGCAGCUGGAGAACAAACUCAAGCAAGGCUCAAAGCACAGUAAGGCUGCUCUUCAUGAGAUUAGCGUCCGUCUGAAGAACAAAUUAAAACAGGACUACGAGAAGAUAUUAGUUGGUAAUUCACAGACGGGUCAUCAGAAAAACCUGAACAAUAUCUACACUGAUUUAUAUGUGGUGGAGAAUGAGACUGGAGGGAGAGUAAAUGACCAUGAGGUGAUACAGAUCGAAUGUAAUCAGAAACAAUAUGAUGCCAAAGACACACCGAUCCAAUGCAAUAACAUUUUCAAAGUCCAUAAUGGUCAACAAAACAGAAAGGUGCUAAUGAUGGGGAUCGCAGGGGUGGGAAAAACAGUCUCUGUCAAUAAAUUUAUCCUUGACUGGGCUGAAAAAAAAGAAAAUAAGGAUAUAUCCUUCAUUUUUCCUCUGCCGUUCCGUGAGCUAAACCUGAUUACAGAAUACUGCAGUCUUAUGGGACUGAUUCACAAAUACUUCUUUAGUGGUACUGAAGAGCUGCCCUCUAUUCCAGAAGAUGAUGGUAAGGUCUUGUUCAUUUUUGAUGGGCUGGAUGAAUGUCGCUUCCCUUUGAGAUUUAAAGAGGGUGACAUAAUUACAGAUGUUCACAAAAUAACAACAGUGAGUAAAAUAAUAAUAAACCUUAUCAAGAGACACCUGGUUCCCUCUGCUCUCAUCUGGAUCACAUCCAGACCAGCAGCAGCCAGUCUGAUACCCCGAAACUACAUUGAUCAGGUGACUGAAGUGCGCGGAUUUAAUGAUGAGCAGAAAGAGCAAUACUUUAAUAGAAACAGCAGUUCUGAGGUUGCUGGAAACAUCAUCUGUCAUAUGAGGAAAUCCAGGAGCCUGUACAUCAUGUGCCACAUCCCCGUCUUCUGCUGGAUCUCUCUCACUGUUCUUCAGCCUCUACUGGAUAAAGAGAGCAAUGACAAAACACCAACAACCCUCACAAGGAUGUACACAAACUUCUUAAUUUCUCACAUGCAACAGAUGAAAGAAAAAUACUGUGAUGAUCCUGAACCUAAAGCCAAUACAAUGUCUUUUGAUCAGAUCAUAUUGAAGCUUGGGAAACUGGCCUUUCAACAGCUGGAGAAAGGAAAUCUGAUUUUCUACAAAGAAGAUCUUGAGGAAUGUGGACUGGAUGUCAGUGAAGGGUUGGUGUUCUCUGGGUUAUGCACUCAGAUCUUUCAGGAGGAAAAGGCUUUUGCAGCAAGAAGUGUUUUCAGCUUCAUACAUCUCAGUGUCCAGGAAUUCCUUGCUGCUCUUUAUGUGUUUUUGAUUAGCCAAGAAAAGAAAUUGAACCCAUUUCUUGAAUCCUGGAGAGAAAAACUGAAAUGGUAUUUCUCCAAAAAGUCACAGUUUCAGCUUCAUAAAGCUGCAGUCAACAAAGCUUUACAAAGCGAGAAUGGACACCUUGACCUUUUCCUCCGGUUCCUUCUGGGUCUGUCUCUGGAGUCCAAUCAGAGUAACCUGAAGGAACUACUGCCAAAACUGGAACUGAAAGCAAAGAAUGUUAAAGACACUGUUGAGUAUAUCAAUAAGAAAAUAAAGAAGGAGAAAUCAGUAGAGAGGACCAUCAAUCUCUUCUACUGUCUGAGUGAACUGAAAGAUGACAUUGUGGAGGAAAUUCAGGAGAAUCUGAGCUCAGGAAAUCUUUCAGCACAGUAUCUCUCCUCUGCUCAGUGGUCUCGUCUGAUGUCUGUGCUCCUCAAGUCAGAAGAGACUCAAGAGAUGUUUGAACUUCAGAAAUACAGAAGAUCUGAUGAGGCACUGAUGCGACUGAUGCCUAUGAUAAAAAAUACUAGAAGAGCACUGCUACAGUGCUGUAAUCUCACUGCUCAGUCCUGUGAAAGUUUGUCUUCAGUUUUACAAUCCUCAAACUCUGUUCUGAUAGAGCUGGACCUGAGUAACAAUGACCUGCAGGAUUCUGGAGUGAAGCUUCUUUCUGAAGGACUGAAGAGUCCAAACUGUAAACUGGAGAUACUGAGGUUGUCUGGAUGUAUGGUGACAGAGAAAGGCUGUGAUUAUUUGUCUUCAGCUCUGAGUUCAAACCCCUCACACCUGAGAGAGCUGGAUCUGAGCUACAAUCACCCAGGAGAUUCAGGAGUCAAGCUACUCUCUGAAAAACUGGACAAACUCAAUGUGGAUCAUGGAGGAGAAUUCCGAAUUAUAGCAGGACUACACAAAUAUGCCUGUGAUCUAACACCGGAGCCAAACUCUUACACACACCAACACAAAUGUUUGUUUCACCAUAUUAGUUAGGACGUUGCAUUGACUUCCAUUGAUUUUAUAUUAGUUUAAUGAUAUUUUCUAUUGCCUAACCCAACCCCUACUCCUUAAUCAUCCAUCACAGAAACAUGUGCAAAACACUAGAUUUAAAUAGAAAUAUGUUUUAGUUGAUUUAUAAGUCUUUUUAACUAGCAAAAACCAGUAAAAAUGUCCCCACAAUUCAGUAUGUCACUAUAUAAGUGAGGACAUUUGGCCCCUACAAUUAUAGCCAAACUUCACAACAUUCACAGACACACAGCUUUAGUGAUUAUUGUUGUGUUAUAAAUGUCUUUCUUCUUGUGUUCAGAUGCCUGUGAUCUCACACUGGAUCUAAACACAG